GUGAAAGAAGCAAAACGAUGGAAAACACGAUCAAAAAAUGUCUGGCCAGGAUACGAUGUUAAACAUGCUAUUGUUAAACACGGGGUUCUUUUUGUACCGGUUGGUGUGAAAGAAUCUAAAAACGAAGAGUUAGAAUGGCGCUUAUCAUUUUAUGUUGCAGAAAAACUUCUUAUUUUUCAUUUACACACACACAAUUGCUAUGUUAUGCUCUUUUGAAAAUUGUUCUCAAAGACGUUAUAGCUUUAGACGUAUAUUGCAAAGAAUUACUUUGUUCAUAUUUCAUGAAAACAAUUAUGUUUUGGAUGUCGGAGGAACUACCAUUAUCAAUAUGGAAGCCAGAAAACCUGAUAUCAUGUUUUAUGAGAUGUUUCAGAAGGCUUAUCUAUUAUGUAGAAUACUCGGUUUGUCCGCAUUAUAUCAUUCCUGAGAAUAAUUUAUUUGAGAAUAAGAUAAAAGACCACGCACAGGAAAUGCUUUUUAACAAAUUGAUUUGUCUUAAUAAUUAUGGUUGGCAAUGUAUCUUAAAAUCAGACCAAAUCUCGAUUAACAAUGAACCACGUUGUUUACAUGUCUACAGUGUUAAACACUUAUUAUCUCCGGUUAUUGAUGCGGCAGCCAAUUUACUGUCAAAACGUAAAUUACGAAUGGAAAAAGCCAUACAUUUGGUACUGUCUAUGAAGAGUUCCAAAAUCAAAUACCUUUACACGCACUACAUAUCAAAAUAUUGUCUGAAUGGUCACAACUUACUCCCGUUUGAUGAUAUAUACGGUAAUAAAUCUACUUAUAAGCAAUGCAAAACAUAUACGUGUACUCUGCUACUGAAUACACGUCAUGAUGCUGUAUCUGGAUGGCUGUUGAUAGCUUCGCUUUUCUAUAGGACAAAACAACACAAUAAAGCUCUUGUCAUCCUUCGGUAUUCGCUGUUCAAAUGUACAACAGAAAAAAUUUACACAGACAUGAAUUUGUCUCAUGUUAAUUUUGAACUAUUCAAUUUGAAUGUAUUUAGGAAGAUGCCAAUCGUGCAGAUGGAGAAAUUGUUGUUGCUAAAUCAUGUGGAUUUUUUUCCUCGCUCGACGUUAAUACCGGGUGAAUUACAAAUGGAAGUAGACAGAUCUAACUUUUGUAUACCCCCAGUUAUAUAUGUUCAUUUCCUUUCUGUUCUAUGUCAUUGGCAUCUGAACAAUACAAAAGAUUGUUUUGAUUCUCUCAAAGAUUUACAGUUGACCGUACGAAAGGAAUAUUGAAUGGCGAAUGACUUUCAAAAAGCUAUAUCUUACAAUAUCCUAGGUAUCGCUUUUCAAUUAGUAGGAAACAAAGAAUCAGCGAGAAUAGCAUUCACACAUUCUAUGAAAUUAACAUCAGAUCCAGAUUUAAAUAGUGCGUCAAAGAGAUUGGCAUUGAUUGGAUAAACGUAUGUAUGAUAAUGUCUACAGAGUAAAAUUUCUUUUUUCAAGUGAUUGUCAAGUUUUAUUAAAUCAUUCUGCUUGUUUAAUUUCAGUUUUAUAUUAUCAUAUUUACAAUUAUUGGUAUUUUUUCUUCUAUUCGUCUCUAACAUACUGGUAAGGAAAACAAAUAAUACUAUGUUGAGUUUAUAUGUAUCAAAGUGUCUUGAAGAUUCGUCAGUUGGAAUGAAUGGACAUAACAAAUCUGAACCAACGUUAUUUCAGAUAGUUGGACACUACAAUUCGUCAGUAAAUGAAAGAAAGCCAACGCCGUGAAGAAAAGAAAAAACAAAAUAAAACGGCAAAUAAGAAGAAUAAACACUCGUAUAUUGCCGUUCCCUAUUACUUUGCAUUACAGAUUUCAAAGUCGUAUUAAUUUGGUAUGGGAGUUAAACAAGAAAUGUUCGAAUUUUUUCCUAAUUUGCCAAGUUGUAGUAUAUGUUGUGAAAAAUUCACAAAUAUAAUAAAAUUAUAGGUCAUUGUACUUUUCUUUCAAGUCAGAGGUUGUGAAAAAUAUCCCAUUUUGUAAGGAUUAUACAGGGAAAAUGUAUUAUAAUGAAAAUAGAAGGUAAACUUUGUGAUAGAAUUUUGAAAAAAAAUAUGAGAACAUA